GGGGCUUGAUUUAUUGAAAAUAAUAAAAUAACACACAAAAAACAGAAGAACUGUGCAAAUAGUAAACGCACAGCCAAAAAACAGCGCACUUCCCUCCAAAACUCAGAGGCUUGGCACAUGUAACUGUCGUACAACGGGCCCCUGUUUGUGAAGUUGUUUUUUUUUUUUCCCCCUUGUUUAUUUAAUUUUCACACUUUAGCAAGAUGCGCCUGCUAUCUGUUUCCUGUGCCUUUCUCCGCUGUUUGUGGUGCUCUCUUCGCGGGAGCGAGCACGCACUCCCUUAUUCGCCGCCUGUAAAUAAAUAAAUAAAUAAUCAAAGAAUGCGCGCUCCCGCGCUCCAGACAGCGGCCCGGGCAAUCAGGCGCGCGCGAGCGAGGAGGUGCGCGAAACCGGGCCGGCCACGUAGCGCUGCAGCCGAGAGAGAGAGAGACAGAGACGGGGAGAGAGACAGAGACAGAGACGGGGAGGCUAAAACAUAAUAAAACAGCAAAACGGACACAGAGAUUCCUGUCAACAUACACAAAAUAACACCGCGCUGGUCGUUGCAAGAAGCGUAUUGCGCCUUCGUGUUCGCCGGAGAGCGCAGUGUGAGUGUCAGAGGAUGGGGGGAGAGAGCGCUCUCGCCGGGUUUGUCGUGGAUAAUGUUUGCGAAGUGUCGCCUAUGGCUGCUAACUCAAGGACUGUUUUCUCAAGUCACAUCCAGCAAUUAAGCUAAAAACACCAAAUUCUGCUACAAGAUGAUUAGCCCUUGCUGCUGCUGCUGCUAACACAUGAUAAAGGAGUACUGUAUAACUGGAGGAGAGAAAUAAAUAAGGAAUUGCUUUCACCUGAAAGAACAAGAUGACUAGAUAAAUGUAUAUAUAAACAUAUAUAUAUAACUGGCAAAGCCCAUGUAAACCCGCUUUUCCAAAACUUUUUUCUUUUGCGCUGUUAGAACGAGCCAUCUACGGGUUUGCACCUAACCAUCCCUUUCCACCCCUACCCCCCUCCCCCACCCAGACCUCCACUGCUAAUGAAAUCUUGCCAAAAGCCGAAGGACGGGCACACGAUACAGGGUGCUGCUGGGAUGGCCCAGGAGGAGAGCCGUCGAACCCAAGUCCCACCACCUUACUAUCACGAUGCAGCCCAGGAGCUUGACCUGUCCACCAAGCUCUACAAGAGGGAGUGCGGCGGGAAGCCGUAUUCUGUGCUGGUGGACAACAAGAUGAGCAAGAGCUCCCUGGUAGAGGUGCUGCCCCAGCAGCAGCAGCAGCAGCAGCAACCCUACUACAGGGAAGGGGGCAAGGGGACACAGGCGGAAGAAGGAAGAGAAGGAGCAGGGCAGCCCUUAACUGGGGACAGGGAAGGCUCGGAGGAGACAGAGGAGGAGGAAGAUGAUGAGGAAGAAGUGGAGCAGCAGCAGCAGCAGGAGGAGCAGCAGCAGUCUUUCAAGAGGGAGCAGAUCAUCGUGGAGGUGAACCUCAAUAACCAGACUCUGAACGUCUCCAAGGGCGAGAAGGGCCUGCCCUCGCAGUGCGUGAUGAAGUGUAGUGAUGAUGAGGAGGAGGAAGAGGGGAUCAACGAGAGCCAGGAGGAGGAGGAGGAGGAGGAGGAGGCAGAGGAGAAUGGGAGGCAGAAGGGGAGAGCCAAAAAGGCGAAGAGAAGCAGUGCCCACCCCCCACGCAGGAUCAGAAGGGCGGCCAUGGCAGCUGCCAGCGCGGUGGCGUCCUGCAUGAACAGGAGGGGCCGCAGGAAGAGCUCGGAGCUCCCCAAGAGGAAACGCAGGGCUACGCCCCGCGAGAGCAAGGGCUCCCCUGCCACACCCCCCUCCCCCUCCUCCUCUUCCUCCUCCUCCUCCUCCUACCCCACUAGUGCCAACGCUGCCUCUGCCUCUCAGAAAGCCAAGAGUGGGGUGGGGGGCGAGGAGAAGGAGCCGCUGACCUGCGAGAAGUGCCCGCGGGUCUUCAACACACGCUGGUACCUGGAGAAGCACAUGAACGUCACCCACCGACGCAUGCAGAUCUGCGACAAAUGUGGGAAGAAGUUUGUGCUGGAGAGCGAGCUGGCGCUGCACCAGCAGACCGACUGCGAGAAAAAUAUCCAGUGCGUCUCCUGUAAUAAGUCCUUCAAGAAGCUGUGGUCCUUGCAUGAGCAUAUCAAGAUUGUCCACGGUUAUGCAGAGAAGAAGUUUGCCUGCGAGAUCUGCGAGAAGAAGUUCUAUACCAUGGCUCAUGUUCGGAAGCACAUGGUUGCGCACACCAAGGACAUGCCCUUCACCUGUGAGACCUGUGGGAAGUCAUUCAAGCGCAGCAUGUCGCUGAAAGUGCACUCACUGCAGCACUCUGGAGAGAAGCCUUUCAGGUGCGAGAACUGUGACGAGCGCUUCCAGUACAAGUACCAGCUGCGCUCCCACAUGAGCAUCCACAUCGGGCACAAGCAAUUCAUGUGCCAGUGGUGCGGGAAGGACUUCAACAUGAAGCAGUACUUCGACGAGCACAUGAAGACACACACCGGAGAGAAGCCGUUCAUCUGUGAGAUCUGUGGGAAGAGCUUCACCAGCCGGCCCAACAUGAAGCGUCACCGGCGCACGCACACAGGGGAGAAGCCGUACCCCUGCGACGUGUGCGGACAGCGCUUCCGCUUCUCCAACAUGCUCAAGGCACACAAGGAGAAGUGCUUCCGGGUCACCAGCCCAGUCAAUGUGCUCCCACCACUGGCCAUCCCUGCCGCGGCCCCCCCUCGAGGGCCGGAGGGAGAGGGGGUGUCCACCCCGGCGGGGUGGGGCGAGGCCCUGCCCCCACGGCCCAUCCCACACCCCUUCUCACACCUCCACCUGCACCCUCACCACCACCACCUGGCCGUGCCCCCCGUGUCUCACCUCCCCCCGCCGCCAGCACUAUUCAAAAGCGAGCCCUUGAACCACAGAGGCCACGGGGAGGAUGGAUACCUGCGGCACAUGGGCGACAAGAACACAGGAGCGCAGCAGCACCAUUAAAAUGCAACGUGUGUAUAUAUAGAUAGAGAGAGAGAGAGAUUUGUGUAUAUGCAAGGGGCUUUAUAAAGUCUUUUGCCCACUUGGCGAAGCUAAUGGAGAGGGGGCAUUCCGAACGGAUACUGUGUUCCUGUGAAAAUGCUGCGUUCAGCGAGAUGAGCGGCGCCCUGCUGAGCUCUAAUGGAAUAACACUUGUGGGUGUUUGUUGCAGAGCCCUUUUAUAUGAGCAGCAGAGUCUUGAUCAUGCUUUUCCCCCACUGCUCUGCGGUGAACGGUUUUACCUCAGCAGCGCAAAGUGAACGACUGACAUCACGCUAUGCAGACACACACGCACGCACGCACACACGCACACACACACACACACACACACAACUUUAAGUGAAUGCAUGUUUGGUUUUUUUUUUUUUUUUUUUUUUUUUUAAUCCAGAAUGAAAUAUUAUUGCUUACUCCUCCUUACCUUGUAGAUGCAGUAUUCCUUUGAAAUCCCUUCACCCUGUGUGUGUGUGUGUGUGUGUGUUCAGUACAUGCCAGUGUAUAUACAUACAUGCGUGCCUGUAGUGUCGCUACUAGUAUUAAAACUCUUCAGCGGUGGAGAAGACUUGCUAAACCUGGCAUAGGAAACAGGCUUCUUUUGAGUAAAGGCACUUUUUUUGCCCAUUUUCUUCUACUCCAUGUACACUUUAUAUAAAGUUUUAAGGAAAAGAAAAAAAAAAUAGCAUUAAUUUGAACCUGACAAUAUAAAUGUUGACAAUGUAAACCAAUCUCAGUUUAUGGGAUGAUUUAUGCAUUUUUAUUUUUUUUGGAAAAUGUUUCACAUCCGCAGAUGAGGUAUGCUUUACUCGUUGUUUUGUUUUUUGUACCACAGACUUCAGAAGUCAUCAGAAGGACACCUUUUAACAUGUUUGAGGAAACGGUUUUCAAGCUGAUGGAAAAACAGAGUGCUCUCCUCUGAAUGUGCAAGAAUGGUCUAAAGCAUUAAGUGUACCACUGUGUAUCGUAACAAAGCUUUUGACAUUUCUAAAAAAAAAAAAAAAAAAAAAAAAAAAAAAAAUACCAAGCUUUUUGACACCAGCUAGACUCCAAUCACUUGUCCUAGCUGGACUUCUUAGUAUCCUGCAUUAUACAAAAA